UUGAAAAAUAAAUAAAUAUGAAAAUAGAAUAUGCAAGGUUAUAAGGAAACUUUAUUGUGUUUCUUUUUUAUUUGAAUCGAUUGUAGUGUGCUUCUGUUGUUUUUGUUUUGAUAUUUCAAUAUAUAUUUUUCAGUGUUCAACAACCUUUUCAAACAAGAGGCUAAAAGCGACAUACCCGUAUCCAUAUUCAACGUUCCACUGCACGCGAUUUACUUGUUGUGUUUUCCUCCUUAGGUCGCACGCUCCCAGUUCCGGUCUCGUGCGAAGUGUGUGGUGAUAAAAGCUAUGGUAAACACUACGGCGUCUUCUGUUGUGAUGGAUGCAGCUGUUUCUUCAAGCGCAGCAUCAGAAAAAGGAUAAACUACACGUGCAUUGGUAAAGGUUCGUGUGUUAUCGACAAAGCGAGACGCAAUUGGUGCCCCUCGUGUAGGCUUCGCAAAUGCUUCGCUAUAAACAUGAACAAAAACGCGGUCCAAGAAGAAAGAGGUCCACGUAAAAACAAAGGCUGCAGGAGAACGUCAAUGACGUCACGACAGUCCGCUGGCAUGGCAACCGCCGUUCUGCCACUUCCGCUGAGCAGCGCUGCCAUGGAUACGAAGGCAGCGUUAGACCACAGCAUGGAGCAGCUGGCCUGGAGCUCGUACUUGAGCGCCUUCAAGCCUGUCAGCCCCAGGAGGCCCGGGGGACAGCGGGAGUUCCACCACGCAGGCGCCCUGUGGCCCGAGAGGCCCCACGGCCAUGUUGACUUCGUUGGUAGAAACAAUGGUACUAACAUCAUAUGUGACGCAUCAACAUUACUGUUUUCAACUGCGCAGCAGAUAAUGGGGACUGCCCUCAGAAGGACGAUUUACAACCACAUCUUUAAGAGUCUACAUCCGCACGAUCAGUUAGUGCUGCUGGAAACAAAAUGGAGCGAACUAUUUCUCUUUGCGGCAUCAUACUGGCCAAUUGACAUUUCACGACUUGCGAGAAAGCACACACAAGUUCAGAGGGACCAAGAUGGCGACCUUUGCUCUGUUCAAAAAGUCAUCACCGCUUGUCAGUCCUUACAGGCGGACUCAACAGAGUUACCGUUCCUGGAAACCAUUCUUCUGCUUCGCCAAGAUCCAAUGGACAAACUGCUCGAGGCCGCGAAAAUCGAGACACUGCAAGACCAGGCCCAGCUAGCGCUGGCGCACUAUGUCACACAGAGGCAUUUGCAUAAUCCCGCGAGAUUUGGAAAAAUGCUACUGACAUUGUCUGUUUUGAGAACAGUGACCCCUGACGUCAUAGAAAAGCGUUUCUUUAGUGACGUGAUUGGAACAGCGUCUGUGAGGCAGAUUAUUCGAUCCUAUUUGAUUUGAACAAUGUGUUAAUAAAGACAAGCAGACAAACCAAAACUCUGUUAUAAUCGUAUCUAGUACAGACAUGCACACAAAGCAUAAUAAUAACAACAA